UAGAGAAGAUGAAACAAGUCACUUUUACCAAGAUGAAGUUCAAUCAUGGCUACCCUGGUCCUUGAUCUGCGCUCAUCCAACACAAUAACCCAUGUACAUGCACAUGCUAACGCCAUGAAUGAAUUCACAAAGAGAUCUGAGCUCAGCUUCCCCAUUUAUUUAAUCCAAUUCCAGGUGUAUGAAACAAUGUACACCAUUAAUUUCCCAUAUCGCAGACAGCUUCAAGUUGCACGAAUGCUUCUAUCAAAUCAAAAUUGGAGUAAAGAAUCCAUCAAAUCACGUAUCCUUCUUCCCAUCUCCAUCUGACAUCCAAUACACAAGAAGCUUCAUACACAUCACAUCAUCUGCCUAAUAUUCCUGUGAAUUGUCUAUAGAAUAGCGAUUUAUGAUCCAUAAUCACAACGUACAACUUCACAAUGGGGUGUGCAGCUUCUGUUUACAGGGUUGGAGGGAAUAAGAAGCAGAUGAAGAUCCCUCUUGUUACCAUACUUUCUCCUUCAAUUCGAGUUCCUAUAAACUCCAAUUUCCAAAAACCCCUUAAAGGCCUUGUUCCCAAGGAUUUGGCUGAUCGUCUUACCUAUUCCCGGAAUCAAAUUGCUCUACUAUCGCAACAAACUGAUGUAUCAGCUGUUCCUGAAUUGCUACGUGCAUUGGAGGAGUACUUACCAUUAUUAAUUGGCCUCACUGAUCAAGAACUUGGUUUCCGAGAACUCGUUGAAUUCAAAUGGAAAGGUUUAGACGAUCGACAAGAAAUAAGUGUUGCAGAUUCCUGGUUUGAAUUACUAUCUGUUGUUCAUAUGAUGGCGAUGCUGACAUUAAUGGAGGCAAACUCAAAACUAAUUCCUAAUCAAACUGUCACUACUGAAGAAGUCGAAUCUACAGAUAACAUCAGAUGCGCUGUCGACUUAUUGGUGAAGGCAGCUGGGUACCUUCAAUUCUGUCUUCAAGAAAUUCUUGUCCGAAUUCCACCUCACAUCAAGAUGAAGCUUCCUGUAGAUUUGCAGGAGAAUGUAAUUGAGGCCGCUUAUAUUCAAGCACUAGCACAGGGAACAGAAAUGCAGCUUGCUUCGGCGGUUGAAAGUAAAAACGCAACUUUAUCCGUAAAAAGAAGACUAGCAUGUGAGCAACUAAGUUACUUCGGUCAGGCACACUACUGCUUGUCCACCUGUCACGACCUCAAUGGAUACGGAAAAAAACAUCUAUCAUUUAUCAAAUGGAAGUACCUCGAAGCAAAGGCUGCAGCAUACUACUACCAUGGUCUAAUCACUGACAAGGGUAGCGAACCAUCGUGCCACAUCAGCGCCGUGUGCUGCUUUCUUGCAGCCGAAGCAAUAUUAACCGAGAGCAAGAAAGCAUGUUUGAACUUUUGCCUUACGCUUCCCAUAACAAGGGCUCCAACUGCAUGGGGUGCUAUGAAGCAUUUGAAUAAGAAGGUUCCGGAAACCGCAGUUAAAAAAUCUCAAAUGUACGCGUAUCUUCUAGAGCAAGAAAAGGGUUUGGAAGUGUUGCCCGAACUGCCCGAGUUUGAGUUGUCGUUAAAGGCAGAUGAGUAUGAGUUGCCAGAUAAAGAUGCAGCAUGGGAGAGUGAAGAAUGGAUGAUACCAAACCAGACACUUAGAAAUCACUUAACAGAUGAUGAAGGAGAUGACAAGUAAAAUCAUGUACAAGUAUGCACAUUUUGUGUAUAGAAAACAAUAUUUUAAGGAACAUGAAUGGUGUAUUAUUGAUAACCCGAAAUUGCCUGUUGCAUAUGGUUCGAAUGUAAUUGAAAUUUAUGCAUGGCAAGUGUCCCUGUUUACAUGA